UGAAAAUUCCUUCCAAUUCCAGACGGUGGGAGUUAGAACAGAAGUAUUUGUGUUGAAAUAAAAACAAUGUAGUAAAGUACCGGUCUAAAAUAGAACUAGGACCUCACAGAAAACAACAGUAUUAUCAGCGGAGUUCAAACACUGCAGUUGCAGAGUAAUGGCAAGAUUGCGUGUGAAGAAACUUUGGGUUUACUGUUUUUGCUUUUCAGUCCUGUUUUUUCUUAUUGUUGCGCUCCAGGUUCUGGUGGAAUUGGGACAGUUUGAAAAAAAGAAGCCAAGUCACUCUGAUCUGCAUGGAAACAAACAUGUGGAACAGCUUAAUCUCUUUAAGAAUAACAGUCUGCUGAAUGGUAUUCAAAGACUGUCUGACCCAGGCCAGCAGUAUCCCAUUCUUGUGUGGUGGUCUCCUCUGACUGGUGAAGUGGGCAGGUUAGGAGACUGUGGGAAGAACACUUGUUUCUUCACCAUUGAUAAGACUUACUAUGACCACCCCAUGACAGAGGGGUUCCUUUUUUAUGGUACUGACUUCAACAUAGAGAGCCUUCCUUUUCCUCGCAAACCCAGUCAUCACUGGGCCCUGUUCCACGAAGAGUCCCCUAAAAACAACUAUAAACUCUUCCAUGAACCGUCCAUCACUCUUUUCAACCACACAGCAACCUUCAGCAGCCACUCCCACAUGCCUCUCACCACGCAGUACCUGGAAAGUGUGGAGGUGCUGAAGUCACACACCUACCUGGUUCCUUUAUCCAAGAAGAACAGCCGGAGACAAAAGCUGGCUCCGCUGGUUUAUGUGCAGUCUGACUGUGACCCACCUUCAGAUAGGGAUAGCUACGUGUGGGAGCUCAUGAAGUACAUUGAGGUGGAUUCUUACGGGGAGUGUCUCCAUAACAGGGACUUGCCUCCUCCCCUGAAGAACCCGAGCGCAAUGGAUGACCAUCACUUCUACGGGAUUCUUGCCCAGUACAAGUUCAGCCUUUCUUUUGAAAAUGCAGUGUGUGACGACUACAUUACAGAAAAGUUCUGGCGACCCCUAAAGCUUGGAGUGGUCCCUGUAUACUAUGGAUCUCCCAGUAUUGCAAAGUGGCUCCCCAGUAAUAAAAGCGCGGUCCUAGUCAACACAUUUGCCUCCCCGCAAGACCUGGCAGUGUAUAUAAAGGAUCUUGACCAAAAUGACGAAAAGUAUGAGGCCUACCUGGAGUGGAAGUGGAACGGUGAAAUCUCAAACCAGUUGCUUCUGACCACGAUGAAGGAACGCAGUUGGGGAGUUCAAGAUAUGUCCCAGGAUAACUAUAUCGAUGCCUUUGAAUGUAUGGUGUGUAACAGGGUGUGGGAGAACAUCAACAGAAAGAAACAGGGGUUGGUGCCGAGAUUGUGGCAGGCACAAGCAAAUCAUCUUAGCUGCCCAGAACCCAAGGCCUUCAGCCUGUCACAUGGCCCCACAAGAUGGUCAUCUCUGAGGGAGGUGUGGAAACCCAGCUUUGAGCAGUCCGAGAAGGAGGCUCGAGCACUGAGGCAGCUGGCUGAGAGGAAUGCAAACUUUACAGUUGAGGAAUUUUGGAAACUGGUGUUUAAAGACCAACAUUGACUUUUUUUAUGUUGCAAUGAAUUCCAUUACAUUUUCUUGAAGGCAAAUGUGUGUAUUCACAAUAGAAAUAAAAAGACUUUCAAUGAGUUUUGCAUAUAUGUGUGUAUGGUUAUGUGUAUAAACACAGACAUCAUUGUCAAAGAGAUUUGAUGAAAUGAUUGUCUAAUUUCUUUGAAGGUCAGCUGUACAGUAUGUCUAAUAAGUGCACUGCUAAUAACUUAAUAUACACAAAGGGUCUUGAUUUAAGCAGACCCCAGUGUGUCUCAGUCGUUUAGCUGUCCAUUGCAAGCCUGACAGAUACAUACUCUCCCUCCAUGCAUAUCGUAAUCAGAAACAAACAAUGCACCAUGUUUAUUUUGAACAUAGACUCAAUGUCAAAACUCACCAUGCCUUAUUUUUUGUGAGUAAUACCCUGAAUUAGCAUAUUAACAUACUCCUUCCCACACACCCAGACUGCAAUACAAAUUACCAUCCAUUCAAAAGAAUAUGAAGUUCUAUUUAACAUGUUUAACCAGUUCAGUUUAAAAAGGAAUUAAUAUAAUAUUCCUCAACCCAUGUUUGUUUUUUUAAAUGCCAACUGCCAAGGGUUCUUGUAAGAUGUGAGGGUGUAAUAAUAAUCUGCUUUACCACUAGAUGUCACUGGGGUGUAGAACACAAUAGCCCUUUGUGACUGAAUGCAACUAGAGUUGCUUUCCUCUGUGUUUCCUCAACUAAUCUUUCCUUUUAGUCUGUUUUGUUUAAUAAUAUAUCAAUGCAUUCCACCUGGAGCUCUUUUCAGUUGUCAUCAAGAAGUGCUGCAUUCAGCGAUUCACUGUCUCCAUACCUCCCUGAGUGGAUUAGAACUCUUUCUGCGAGUUUGGAUUCUGACAGCCUCUUUGAUUUUCUUUUCAAAAUGAUUCUGCUCAGCCCAAAUCCCCGCUCAAGCUUAUUAAGGAAGCUAUGACAAACGCUUCUGAGGAUCAUUAGGCUGAUUGGCAACGGAAGCUCCUUGGGGACUCGACGGCCACCAUCUCACUGCAUCUCUUUAUGCAGGACCACGUCUUUGCAAAUAAAGAUUGCGAACCCUAUUAGGCACCCACGUGCUUCAUGGUGAAUUCAUCUCAAUGAAUACCUACCCCCUCCUUCAUUAUCAUCCUUGCCAUGUGUGUAUUACUCAGCUAAUUGAUUACUGCCAUGAAACAAGUGCAACAUUAAAAAUGUCUCAUUGUGCUAUUAACAUGGAAACUAAACUUUCUAAAACAAGAAAAAAACAUGAUUAACCACAAAUCAGAAAAAAAAUUAUAUUUUGAGACCAUUUGAGUGGAUAUCUUGAAAGUCUUGCAGAUUAUAAAGUCUAAUUCCAGGAUUUUCAGAUUAUGUUCUUUUGAAAGUUUCACAGAUGGAUGUUGAGGAAUGUUUUUAUACUUGUUUUUAUGUAGCAAGGUAGAAUGUGCAUAUUUAUUUUUGAUUGUCAUGCUGUUGCAUUGUACAUUCCUGGCAAUUGUGUUUAUUUAGGUAUGUGAUUGAUCAUUGGCUUUACUUUAAUGGAAAUUAGCUCUGAAGUGAAAGUAAAAUGUUGGCUUUUCUAGUGUAGGUAUCAUUAAUGAACACUGAUGCUGUUGUAUGUCAAUCAUACAGUGCAUUUCUACCGAUAGUCCUGAAAUGGAUCACCCAGCAGCCAAAUAGGCAUAGUAGAUGCUAGAAAAAUCUAUUAUGGGCAAAAUGUGUAUUCAGAAAUCCAUACAAAAACCCUGAUUGCAUGUCAGUGCAGCUACUGCUUUGGCACAUGCCAGCUCAGGAAGUUAAUGUGAAUGCAGCAGCAGGUGUGUGUGUGUGUGUUUCAGAAUUCAUGAUCAGGGCAUGGUCAGAUAAUAGGAAUGAAUAUAGUAAGGUGUAUAGUCAUGUAUGUGGCCUGAUUGGUUUGAAGGCUAUCGUAAAAAUGUAACAUGUACACUGUUCUCAUGUGUCAAGGGAACAUGCUAAUGUCAUGCACAUUAUUU